AUGAAUGCAGUGCUGAAUCGGCCCUUCUCUGAGGGCAAAAUUAAACUCCCCGAACCCGGCCCUUCAUCUCAUUACCGACCUCAUAACAGUGGAACUUUGGAUCCCUUUUCUCCAGUGAACGAAAAUGGAAGCUUCGAAUUCGAUCGAGUCUUGAAGACAGGGAAAGUCUCUCGCCGAGUCAAACAUAAACAUGUCUUUCGCGCCUCAUGGAAAGCAGCCUACCUCGUCCUCCGACCGAAUCUCCUGUCCGUAUACAAGGACGAGGAAACCACCCGCCUCCGAGUCUCCAUUUCCCUAUCUGAAGUGACCGCCGUCGCCCCCGUCAAGUCUCCGCGAUCAACGCGGCGACAUGUCUUCGGUGUCUUCACUCCAUCUACUAAUUACCGCUUCGAAGCUCUGACCGAACACGAUGCCGAGGACUGGAUCGCUCGCAUUCGUGCCGAGACCCCAGGCGACGAGGACGAGCAAGCUUUCCUGGCUCUCACCCAAAGGCCCCAACCCCCCGCCAUCCACAAACAACUCGUUGACGAGACAACCGAGCCCUCCGAUUUCGAUCACAUUGGCCGCGCCAGCUCCCCGAGCCACACCGUGCACUGUCUCCACGCAGCAAAAAUGCCCAGAGACUCCCUUACAUCCAAGAUUACUCGGUUCUCUGAUGGACCUGCGCCAGCACGCGAUAGCCGCCUACGAUCUAUGCGCUCCCUCCAUUCACUGUCCGUUCCAGCAGAGGAUAAACAAGUAUCCCGCCCGUCAACAUCUUUACCUCGAGACGCAAAUAAAUCGUCAGACCUGGGGAUCCGGCGUGACCCAGAGCGGGUCAUCUGUCAGGGGUACCUGCAGGGGCUGCGCAUCCAAGGGACCGUGCGCCAAUGGAAACGACUCUGGGUUGUGCUUCGACCCAAGAGUCUAGCCUUCUACAAAAAUGAAUCGGAAUACGCAGCUAUCAAGAUCAUCCCCAUGUCUCAAGUAUUUGAUGCCGCAGAGGUGGACCCUUUGUCGAGAUCCAAGACCUUCUGCAUGCAGAUCAUCGCCGAAGAAAAGACCUAUCGACUUUGUGCCCCAGAGGAAGAGUCCCUCGCGCGCUGGCUGGGUUCGUUGAAAAGCAUUCUCGCUGCGCGCAGGAGAUUGGAUCCCGCUCCGGGAACUUCUGUAUCAUGA